UAAAUAGAAAGCCUCAUUAGUAUAGAGAAGUCAUCACAACUCACAUUCACAAGCAAUCAAUACACAAAACAAACAUGACAAAGUGUUCAAAUUUGCUCCUCUUAUCUCUAUGUUUACUUCCCUUUGUUGCCUUUUCAUCAACUUUCACUUCCCAAAAUCCCAUUGACUUACCCACAGCUAGUAAAUUAGUACUAGACGUGACCGGUAAAGCACUUGAUCCCCGCGCAAGUUACCGCAUCGGCUCCAUUGGUCGUGGUGCCGCGGGUGGUGACGUGUACCUAGGUCCCUCCCCGAAUUCAUCGGCCCCUUGUCCUAACGGUGUGUACCGCUACAACUCUGAUGUUGGACCAACCGGUACACCCGUUAGAUUUGUUAAGUAUGAUCAUACCGGACCAGGCAUCUUCGAAAAACAAGACCUUAACAUCCAAUUCGACAUUCCAACUACGAGGCUAUGUGUUACCUAUACGAUUUGGAAAGUCGGAGACUACGAUGUAUCUCUUGGAGCGAGGUUGUUGGAAACUGGUGGAACAUUAAGGCAACAAGAUAGCAGUUGGUUCAAGAUUGUGAAAACGUCAGGGGGGUUGGGUUACAACUUAUUGUAUUGUCCAGGUCCUUUUGCUUGUCCAUCUUGCCCUGUUGAUCAAUGUCAAGCAGUUGGUGAGGUUAUACAAAAUGGUAAGAGGCGUUUGGCUCUUACCAAAGAUCGUUCUCUUGGUGUGAACUUCAGAAAAGUCUAGUUAACAAUGCCUGCUAUGUUUUAGCAUAUUGGCUUUCUAAGUGAAUAAACAUGUAGUUAUUAUGCUCUAGCAUAUUAGCUUUCUGAAUAAACCUUAUGCUGUGUAUGUAUGUUUUAGCUUGGCUUUCUUAAUAAAUUGUCUUUCCUUCUUGUGGACUUUA